UUUCGCUGCUAAUCGGCUAUUCUGUGAAAAUCAUCCCUUGUUGGUUAUAAUAUGUCAAUUUUUCACAAAAACAUUGAAAGUUCAUUAGAUGCUUUAAACAUUAAUUAACAUUAAUAGUUUGCUUCUGAAAUCUAUUUAAAUAUGAGCCGUCACGAAGGUGUUAGCUGUGACUCUUGUCUAAAAGGAAAUUUCAGAGGGCGUAGAUACAAAUGUUUGGUUUGUUACGAUUAUGAUCUUUGUGCUGCUUGUUAUGAAGCAGGAGCCACAAAUACUAGACACACUACAGACCAUCCUAUGCAAUGUAUACUUACAAGAUCUGAUUUCGAACUCUACUAUGGGGGAGAAGCUUUAACAAGCCUAGAGUUGCCACAGUCCUACACCUGCCCUUACUGUGGUCGCAUGGGUUUUACAGAUGUUACCUUACAAGAGCAUGUUACUACGGACCAUCAAGACACUAACUUUGAAGUGGUAUGCCCCUUGUGCGCAGCAAUGCCAGGUGGUGAUCCGAACCUAAUGACUGAUGAUUUUGCUGGCCAUCUCACGCUAGAGCAUCGUACUGGCCCGAGAGAUUUAAUUUCAUUUCUAGACGAACCGGUAGGUGCGCGACAUAAUGUCAGACGCAUACCACACAAUUCUUCGCAUGCUGCUACUCAUAUGGGCAGGGGUGCGGCUGCCUUACGUCCACGAAGGAGCAACAUGCACUUUAGUGUUUUUAGUUCUGGGGGACUGUCAUCAUUAUCACCUUCUUCAAGGGAAUCUGUAGAUCCCAUUGCCGAAUUAUUGUCCCAGUUAUCAGGUGUUCGGAGAUCGGCUAGUAACACGAAUAGCAGCAACCCCACUCAGCUGCAACAGCUACAGAUGCAAUUGCAAUUAGAAAGGCAGCAAGUUAAUGCAGCCCGUCAGCAAUUAGAACGAUAUCCUAGACGGCAGACACAAAGUCAAACCUUACGAGAACCAAAUACUUCAAACUGCGGCACCACUAUGAUCCUUAACGCUUCAUCUGUGUUAGUGCAGCCAGCUUCAAAUGCACCUUCUGCCCCUUCACCACAAUCACAGUUUCUGCUAACAGGUUUAUUAGAGGAAUUAGCUCAGCAGUCAACGAGCGAUGAGGAAAGGCAGGACCGCAGUCGGUUCGUCCAGGAGUUGGUACUAGCAACUGCUGCCCAGCAGUCUGACGACGACAGUGGAGGCACACCGCAGCUUAAAAUAAUGCUGAAAUCGCUUGAAUCUAGUCCACAAGAUUUAUUGGAGGAAGAAGCAGAGUCGCGACCUAUGCCGCGUCAGAGUAAUGUGGUCCUGCGUGGCCGUGCAAGGAGUGAUGCUCAAAACGCCAAAAGGAGAGCGGAAGCCAACCGUGCCAGUUUAGAAAAAAAUAAAAAUGGUAUCGAAGAUUCCUCGUUCUCUCACAGAUAGUUUAUUUCAUUGAUAAUUUAUAGUUGUAUAGCCCAAUACAUUUUUUAAUUUUAAUGAAAAUAUUCAAUUUGUUCCUGAACAGGACUCAAAAAAAUAUAUUGAAAUUAAU